CGCUGUUCUAAAAAGUUUCAACUGCACCCCGUGCUGGCGUGUAUCCUAGAGACUACAAGAGUGCAGGCUGACUUGAAGUUGAAGUUGAAGUUGCCGUCUAGAGGAAGCCAAGACACAUGGCCUGUUGUCGCUCACGAACGUACUGAUUGGACGUUGGGGGCGAGCACAUAACAAUGGCGGCGGGCGCGCAUGCAGUGCUGCAGGCGGGGCAGCUAAUCAACAACAUGUGGCUCAAGAAGAAAUUUGCCGUCACCAAGGGGCGCUCCUCGACGGAGCAUAGGCGCUCCGCCAAGGUGGCGGCAUCUGAGCACAUGUCACCGGUUCUCGAGCCUGACGCAGAAGCAGCGGCGGCCGACCGUCUCGCCGAGUUGACGCUCAUCCCGGGGUUGACCAACGAUGUGGCCAUGCAGUGCCUGGCGCGCGUGCCGCGGGGGCUGUACGCGGGCCUGAGCAGUGUGUCGCGAGCCUGGAAGGAGGCUCUCACGAGCAGGGAGAUCUUAGAUACUCGGAAGCGGCUGGGGUGCGCGGAGGAGUGGCUGUAUGUGCUGAUGCGGACGGAUGCGGGGACGGACUGGCGCUGCUGGGACCCCGCCACCAACCGCUGGCGCCACCUGGCGCCCACCCCCAAGACCUUGGACCCCCGCGAGAGCGCCGACGUGCUGGCGGUGGAUGGGCGAGUGCUGCUGAUCAGGCGGCAGCAGGAGCCGCACUGCAGUGGCAAGGCGGUGUACCUGGGGCACUUCUUUGUACAGGACGUGUGCCUGUACGACCCCUUCACCAACACGUGGGAGCGACGGACAAGCAUGCUGGAAGCUAGGGAAGCAUUUGCGGCUGCGGUCCUGGGGUCGGAGGUCAUUGUCGCAGGCGGGCUGACCCACGGGAUACGCACGCGCAGCGUGGAGGCAUACAACGUGGCCACGGAUCGCUGGACGCGCAAGCCGGACCUGGUGCGGGGCAGGAGCGGGUGCAGGGCCGUCGUGGGGGACGGCGGCGCGCUGUGGGUGUUUGGCGAGCAGGAGCCGCAGUACAACCACCGCGGGGUGCACCACUCCACCGAGGUGCUCCCCCCGCACAGCGCCACAUGGGCGGUUGACCCUGACGCGUGGCCCACCACGAGCUGGCCCGGCCCGCUGGCCGCCGUGGACGGCCGCCUGUGGAUGCUGACGCGCAGCGACGCCGCAAAGCCUGCGCGGCCGCCGGGGGCGCUGCCGCAGCUGCACUUCGAGAACAUCUACGAGGGGUACAAGUACGUGGCAGCCUACGACCCGGCGGCAAAGCGGUGGGAGACGGUGGCGCCGCUGGCCAUGGCCGCGGGGCAGCCGCAUUGCCACACGCUGCGGCCGGCGGCCUUGGGGGGAAAGCUCAUCCUGGUGGGGGCGGCGUACGCGGCGAACCCGAAAAGGGGGGGAAAAGAGACCAGGCUGCAGGUGCAUCAGUACGAGGGGGGUGGCGACGGGAAGUGCCCUUGGAAGGUGAUUGCAGAUGGGGGAAAUGUUGGGGAGGGGCUGCUCAUUGGGUGCGCUGUACUUAGUCUUUAAAAGGAAGCGAAAGUGGGAAAGCUGGAAAAUUGUAUUAUAUAACGUGUUGCGAUUACAUGUAAGUAGACCAUUAGACAAGUUAAGAUGGGCACUCAAAGAACCAUAAACAGUUGACGGCUGAGCUUGCAUGGCCGCUUCAUCGUCCUAGGAUCCGCUCCUGAGGAACCUCUUGUAUAGCAGUCGCGGAUGUACAAUCUCCCCCUUGGUUGACGAUUUUAUAUCGUCUUAUGCUCCUUCUGACAUUCGAAUCAUUCAAGAAAUCGUAUCGCAUGUG